AUGCCCGUAAGUAAAAUCUCGGUGAACGUUUCUCAGGGCAUCGCUACGAUAACCUUGAACGAACCUCACCGUCUGAAUGCAUUGAGACCAGAAGACUAUGACGAAUUUGCUAACUCAUUAAGGGCCAUCGAUAAAAGAGAAGAUGUAGUAGCAACUGUAUGGCAAGGCAAUGGUUCUGCGCCAGGCACCGUGACAAACCCUGACGUUCCGAACACUCCGACUCAACGCUCGAUGAGGGAUUAUCUUGUCCAUGGAGUUGUGGCUGGGAACACGGAUUGUACACACGCAGUACCUCACAGCAAAAUUCUUGUUGCGGCACUAAAUGGCCCGGUUAUGGCUUUCCUUGGCAACUUUGAUUUUAUAUACGCCGUACCAGGUGCUUGGUUGAAUGUCGGCUUCCCAUUCCUGGGCAUUGCAGUAGAAGGAGGAGCUAGUGUUUCAUUCGUCAACCGCAUGGGAAUCGCCAAGGCAAACGAGGCCCUCAUUCUUAACAAGAAGAUUAGCGCAUCAGAGAUGCUUGAAUGUGGAUUCGUUAACAAGAUUUUUCCAUCGAAAUCAACAGAAGAAUUCCACUCUACAGUUCACCAACAUUUGAAGAAGGAACUUGAUGGUCUAGUUCCUGCCUCUAUCUUCGCCAUCAAAACCCUCAUCAAAGCUGGUUUGAACGAUAAGAACGACUUCCACGCCGUGAAUCUGCGAGAAAGUUAUGCUCAAGCGGAGAGAUUUAGUAGUGGAAUACCUGCUGAGCGCUUCAGCAAAAUUGCCAAGAAAGAAAUCAGGCAUAAAUUGUGA